AUGUCCGCCAACCCUCCAACCCAACCUACGUUGCCGGCCAGUCGGAAUCGCAACUCUUUCCUAUCCAAAUUUCGCUCCCCGCUCGGUCAAAGAAAUCGAGGCAUCACCGACUUCUAUAUCGAUCCAGAUGACCCAUGGCGCUCUUAUUUCCCCGGUGAUGUCAUCAAAGGUACCGUCGUUGUGACCGUUGUACGACCCGUUCGCAUCACGCAUAUAGUCGUAUGUCUCCACGGCUAUGUCAAGGUGUUCAAGAAUGCGAUUCCGGCAGGAGAGACAACACCCGACUUGGGAUUCUUAGGACCAGGGCGGGGUCGACGAGGUGCAGAAUACAUGGGCAAUGGGUUAGCGACCUUGUUCGAGGAUGAGCUUGUUCUCUGUGGCGAUGGACGCUUGAAGGAGGGCAUCUACAAGUUUCGUUUCGAAAUGGGGCUUCCUCCUUAUGCGCUUCCUAGCAGCAUCAACUUUGAACGUGGAACUAUCGGCUACUCGCUUACCUCUACCCUUACCCGACCGACUACCAUGAACCCUACCCUCACAUGUAGAAGACGGGUCAAUCUUUUGGAAAAUAUCGACAUCGCACCCUUCCCUGCACCCAGGGCUCGCAUAGUUACCUUGGAACCGGUAUCGAGGCGCUCAAAACAGAGGGGAAAAGCAAAGUCAACAAGUUCAGACGCAACCGCAGGGCCGGAUACAUCCUCGGUCGAUACCCCUAUUAGUGGCGCGGCACCCUCCGUAGAUACCAGACCACCGCUGAGCCCCUCACCAAGCAAUGUCAGCUCAUCUAGCCGGCCUAGCGAAAGCAGUCAGAGCUUUCGAAUCGCCAGCGAUCCCAGUUCAUCCGCAAGCACGAGUGGAAAAAAUAGCGAGGGUCGCAGUGUGACCCCAUCUGUGUCCGAUAAAACCAUCACCGCAAAGGCUGAGCUUCUGCGCGCCGGCGUGCUCCCUGGCGAUACCCUACCCAUCACAGUCACGAUCAACCAUUGUAAACAAGUGCGCAGUGCGCAUGGAAUUAUGGUCACAUUAUACCGUCAAGGUCGCAUUGAUCUUCAUCCUGCAAUUCCAAUCGGUAGUACGGCGGCCGGGAAAAAGCCGGUAUACGAAGACUGCUAUCCGCGGUCACGAACGGGACUUGGAGGACUUACCUUGGGAACAAGUCGGACAAGCAGCACUUUUCGUAAAGAUUUGUCGCAGACUUUUGCCCCGCUGAUCGUUGAUCCAAGCACCAUGACUGCAGUUGUAAAGACUUCCAUUCGAAUACCCGAAGACGCAUUUCCAACUAUUACACGAGUACCAGGAGCCAUGAUCAAUUUUCGGUACUACGUGGAGGUUGUAACAGACCUACGAGGCAAAAUCACUUCACCAGAUCGCUUCAUCCCGCGUUUCAAUAUGGUCUCCGGUGGGACUACGUUUUCACCUAGCGGCCAGGCCCUCAAUCCAGCCGAUUCGAACGGCGUUACUGCCAACUGGGCGGGCAAUAUCUUGGACACAGAUGCAAUCCGUCGUGAGAAAGGUGUGAUCUCGGUGGCCUUUGAGGUCGUGGUUGGGACGCGUGAUUCACAACGAGGGAAAGCGACGAAACGUACAUCAUCUACAGCUGGCGACUCGACCAAGUCACAAACGGCGCCUCCUGCUUCUGCAAUUCUACUUAACCCUGUUGAUGGGGAGGAGUGGCCAGAGAUCAGUCCAAUGCCUAAUUCUCAUGGCGAAUACCAUGGCGAUUACCAUAGCGACUACCAUGGUGAAUACGGGACAGAGGAGGGGUAUUUCCCAGAGGAGACGGAUUGGGCAGAGUAUCCUGAAGAAUACAAUGAAAAUUUCCAGCCAAUGGACCCUAUGGUUGCGCCCGCAGAAGUCGAGGAGCCUGUUGACGAGAAAACACGGGUACGACGUCACGAAGAAGCUCUCUUACCUAGUCAGCCGCCUGAGGAAGAUGAGGCAGGCCCAUCUACAGUAUCAAUGGAGGUCCCGACCGCGCCGGUUUUGCCAGAUGAUCAUCAUCUUCAAGACUACCAGCAUGUGCCUUCACCAGAUACAAGCGGGGGGCCGCAUACUGUUCGCUCUGCGGAAUCCCUGCAGACUGUUGUUGCGAACGGCGCUGGGCCCAGCGAGCCACGUACUUCAGGCGAUGAUAAACAAGAGCUUGAGCGUCACCGACUCCAGCAGCAGGCGAGUGCACCGCAAGACGAGCCCAGUAACCAGGAACCCAGCGCCGGGCCCAGUGCGCCAGUCUUUGAUGAGGAUGAUCAGCUAGUCGGUGGGACGGCGCAUGCAGACGAGUCGUUGCCUCGGUACCAGCGAUGA